GUGCGAGAAUAGCCGAGCCGGCGCGGGCUCUUUGAAUGAAUGAGUGAGGCGAGGAGCACCAGCAUGGUACCCUAGGGUGGUGGUGCAGAUGCGCUCUUGACCAAGGCAAAAUCCAGGCGGGACCAGCACUGUGCCGGGCCGAGCCGAGCAGCACCGGGUAAAGUGCGGAGCGGGGUCAUGGAGCGGACUCCGUGACUGGCGUGACUGACAUUCGGACUGCAUCGGAGCUCGCGGAGUGCGGUGCGUGUGAGCAUCGAGCCAGAAGGGGGGGGGGGGGUGGGUGAAAACAGGAUGGAUCCGCAGUCGUCUCUCCCUCUGUGCUAUGUCGCCGACGCUCUCCGGGGGUGUCGCUUGAGUUAGAUCUACUGCUGCUUUACAUGAGACGCUGAGGCUUGGAUCAGUGGUGAGUUUUCGUGAUGCGGAUUGCAGUCCUAAAGAGGCAGUAGCGGAGAAGAAUGUUGUUGCGCGCAUCGGCCGAAAUUUGCUGGAGGGGAGAGAGGGAAGAGUUAAGAGGAGAGAAUUGAGUCAGUUACAGAGGGUGAGAUUGCGCGAAAGAAGUGAAGGACAGGGUGCAGGGAUAAGGAAGGAGGGAAAGAAGGGAUUGCAGGGAGCCGGAGCCGGUUAUUUUGUUGCGCUUCUCGUGGAUUGGAAUUUUUGGAAAGUGUGGCGAUUGUACCAUUGGUUGGUGCUUAGGAGGAUCGCAUAAUGCAGUUUAUUAGGAUGGACGAGACGCGUAUGUGGAGUGUGGAAACUCAACACCCCGUGGCAUUUUGGACCAGCCCCAGCGGCACUGCAAUGUUUUUGGGACGUGUUCUUUCUAUGCGCUGCCAAUAGACUGCAUUUUCCUCCCGUUCAAUGGUUUUCGUUGCUGAACGGCGAAUUUGAACCCUGGUGUAUGCGAUUUAGUGGCCAAUCCGGGUGAUGCUGCAUUGUAGUCUAGGGAACUUUGGAAGGCUAUUUUCUGUGAGCGAAUGUGAUUUUUGGGAGGCGCUCCCGAUUCUGAUGCUGAUCGGAUCAUGUCAUUUUUUGCAUGGAUCAUCUUCGACCAAUGUAGGGCCAGUUCCCAGGUAGUAGCAGUAUAUUGUGCUUCGAUUCAGGCUGUAUUGACAAAUUACAAGCGUUAGGAUGCCGAUUUGUACAAUACUUUUCCAAUGGCGAUUGGAUUGCGUUUUCUCUGACCUUUGGAAGGUACUAGCGACGCUGAAAUUCGGACCCUCCUUCAUAUCUAUUUACCAUACCGACCUUCCGUAAAGAAGGAAUAUGCUAGUAACCCUCUAGCAUUGGGAUUCCCCUCCUAUUUGACGUAGGAGUUGUUCUAUGCGAAUUAUGUCUUCUCCAUCUCCAUUCCAGACCAGAGAAACUAAUUUAAAAAUGUCACAAUUACCAUUAAAAUUCUGGAAAAAGAAUCUUGAGGUUUCACCUGAAUAUUUCAACAGAAAUCAGGAUUAACAUUUGCGAGGAUUCAAUGAAGCAGACAAUCAUCUGAAGUUUAUAUCUCAAUAAAACGUGAAUUCCGAAGUCACGAUAUGCCAUUCUACCUCGACUAGUGGCACCUCCACAGCGAAGUUCUGUUUUGGAGUUCUGUAUCAGCGAAGGAUAGGUGCUGAGAGUCUACUAUUGUCUAUGGACCAGAGCUUCUUUUAAGUUCAGCAGUAGAAGUGGCAUGUGUCAAACGAUGAUGCGGAGUAUACAGCCACCCGAGUCCAAGCAAGCAACUACCCUGCAGGUAGCUGUAAGAUGCCGCCCGCUUACUGCCAAAGAGAGAAUCAAGAGUCGUGAUAUUCUUCGAGUUGUCGAUGAUAAGGUGGUUGUGGUGCUGGACCCAGACACUUCCAAGGACUAUCUUGAUCGUGUGCAGAAUCGGAGCAAAGAAAAAAAAUAUACGUAUGAUGUUGCUUUUAGUUCAGAGGCAAAAAACGCGGAUGUUUACAAUGUUACAGCAAGUUCAAUCGUUGAUGGGGUUGUGCGGGGACUCAAUGCAACCAUUUUUGCUUAUGGGGCUACAGGAAGCGGCAAGACGCACACAAUGGCGGGUACACCGGAAGAUCCAGGUCUUAUGGUUCUUAGCCUACAGUCCAUAUUCACUCUCAUCUCCAAGCAGGAGGCUGAGUAUGACUUUGAGGUCACUUGCUCCUACCUUGAGGUCUACAACGAGGUCAUCUAUGAUUUACUGGAAAGAUCGUCCGGACACCUUGAGCUCCGCGAGGAUCCCGAUCAGGGCAUCACUGUCGCUGGUCUUAAGCGCAUUAAGGUUAGCUCUGCGGAGAAGAUUUUAGAACUCCUAACUCAGGGUAAUAAUCGGCGAAAAACUGAAAGUACUGAUGCUAAUGCUACAUCAUCUCGAUCUCAUGCUGUGUUGGAGAUAAUCGUCAAAAGAACACAGCGUAAUCAGCUUCGAGCGCAGACGCUUCGUGGAAAGCUCGCCCUGGUGGACUUGGCUGGCAGUGAAAGAGCUUCAGAGACGAAUAAUGCUGGACAAAAGCUGAGGGACGGUGCGAAUAUCAACCGUUCACUUCUUGCUUUAGCUAACUGCAUCAAUGCUCUUGGAAAGCAACAAAAGAAAGGCCUAGCCUAUGUCCCAUAUCGGAACAGUAAAUUGACUCGACUUCUAAAAGAUGGGCUCAGUGGAAAUUCUCGCACAGUCAUGGUGGCAACAGUUUCUUGUGGCGCUGAUCAAUACCACCAUACAACAAACACUCUCAAGUAUGCGGACAGAGCCAAGGAGAUUAAGACUCACAUUCAGACAAAUGUGGGAACUGUGGAUGCGCAUGUUGCAGACUAUCAGCAAAUGAUAGACAAUCUUCAAGUGGAGGUUACGCAAUUGCGAAUGGAGUUAGCUGACAAAGACACUCAAUUGAGCGCUCGCACGCCAGAGAAAGAGAAGUCGGUGGAUGAUGAACUUUCUUGGCUUGAUGUACUUAGUCAUGACAUCAAUGAAAAUGUUGAAGAGAGAAUCAAUCUACAGAAAGCAUUAUUUGAACUGGAGGACAUGAAUCUACACAAUCGAGCAGAACUUCAACAACUUGAUGAUGUUAUUGCUGAUCCGGGUUUACGGAGGAACGGAGAGAAGGAUGAGACACUUGUAGAAAGGCGUCAAAUCGUUCUGGAUAAUAUUCGAGAUAAUGACGAAGCUGGCGCUCACUAUCGUGAGGAAAUUGAGCACAACGAGGCACUACGUAAAGAACUUCAGCGGCGCAUUGAUGAAGCAAUUGAUAGCGAUCGAAAUAAGACAUUUUUGCGCAUCCUUACCCAAUACAGACUUCUGUUUCGUGUUUUGUUGGUUCAGGGCAUGACAAAUAUGGAACUCCAGUUUCAAAUGGCUAUUAGGGAUCAAAUAAUACACGAUCAGCGGGAGGCUUUGAGCAAUUUGUGGUUGGUUCUUGAAUGCUCAGGACUAAAUCAUGACCAAAUAUUAGAAAUCGCAGCUCAGCAAGGUAUCAUGAUUGAAGAGGGAAUUAUGCCAGUGGUUGCUGGCAGAACGCACGUACCGUCCACGCCGAUACCCAUCUUGCAUAAGCAACCAAUCCCCAGUGCUGUCUCAGGAAGCAAAUCUCCUGCGGAAGCACAGCUUCAGUAUGAUGCGGACGCAGCAAUCCUCGACACUGAAAAACUUCAAAAUCAACACAGGGAUGAUAAUGGAGAUGCGAACAGCUGCUCAUUAAUGACCUCUGCUGCUGAUUCGAAGAGUACUUCUGAAUCUAACGAAGGGCAAUUAGAAGUCUCUGAUUGCUAUUCUGGUAGUCAUGCUACUACUAUGUAUAAAAACUCUGCUGAUUUGUUAAGGAUAGAUGGAGUUAGCUUAGGUCACCCAAAUGGAGAUGUCAUCAGAUCAUUUUCUUCCAAAAAGCACCGAGGGCCUAAAACUCCUUUAGUCGAUAAUAAUGAUUAUUUAGGAACUGUGAAUAGCACAACUCAAGAGCAGCCCACUUCUACGGAUGGAGAUGUAGUGUCCUCGGGUUUCACGGGUCAUAAAGUUUUGACUCAUUUUAGGUCUAGGAGGAGGCCACGUCAAGUUGAAGGUAGACAUCAACGUCAUUUGGUCCGUGAGGGUUACGAUACCACUACUGGAAGUGAAGGGAGUGAAGCUGAGGCUCUCAACCACAGCCCCCAGGAUUAUCAAGCAGCGUUCCGUCUUGAUGGAGUGAAGGAAGGAGCUCAACAAUCAGUCGACCAAGAGUCGCUCUGGGUGGAGUUUGAGCGGUUAGAUAAUGAACUUCAGGGUAUGAAGCGAGGAGUCGAAUCCCCUUCGCCAUUUGAAGCUAUAUUAGGAGGUGGUCAUUCUCAAAGAUCUGUUUCGGAUGCCUCAGAUGGGAAGGAUGUUCGACAACUUGGAUUUAGAGGCAUUUCUGAGGGCCCCAUUUCUACCUCUUCUAAGUCUUCAAACGGUUUCCUAUCUCCCCUUCAUUUUCGAUUGAAAAGUUCAGUUAAAAGUAGUAGUGGUAGUCGACAUAAUCUAUCACAAUCAAAUUUGAUGCUUCCAUCUAGUAACCCCGGGUCAUCUGAUGGCCUGGGUUCACAUGAGGUAGACGUGACGAAGCUAGCUGGAUCUGAUUUGAGUGAUAACAGUUCAGUGGUCAGCACAAGAUCAUCGUCUAGUUCGAGAAGAAAACCUAGGUUUAACUCCCUGAUUGGAACACGUCAAUCACAAGCAAGAGCAGUUAUGGAUUGGAAGUAAUAGACCUGUGCUUUUCAGGAUGUUUCCGCAAUGAAAUCAAAUCCAAACAGAAACCUUCGUUCUUGUGGUCGAUUUGUGCA